UGGAAGUGCUCGGUUCGCUGUUGUUAGUCAUCCGGGUUCAAUUCAUCAUGGCGGUACCCGCUGGAAGGUCUGUGGUUUUCGUGACAGGGAACGCAAAAAAACUUGAAGAAGUCAUUCAGAUACUGGGCGACAAGUUUCCCUACAAACUAGUGGCGAAAAAGAUCGACUUGCCUGAAUACCAGGGAGAGCCAGAUGAGAUCUCCAUACAGAAGUGUAAGGAGGCUGCACGACAGAUUGAUGGACCAGUCAUAGUAGAGGACACCUGUCUAUGUUUCAGAGCUUUGGGGGGAUUACCUGGUCCUUACAUUAAAUGGUUCCUGGAAAAACUCAAACCAGAAGGUUUGUACAAACUUCUAGCUGGAUUUGAGGAUAAAUCUGCAUGGGCUCUCUGCACUUUUGCGUACUCUGCUGGGAAAGAUGAACCCAUUCAGCUCUUCAGAGGGAAAACAGAGGGGUGCAUUGUAGAACCCAGAGGGCCUCGAGACUUUGGCUGGGAUCCUUGUUUCCAGCCAGAUGGAUAUGACAAAACCUAUGCUGAACUGCCCAAAGAAGUUAAGAAUUCAAUCUCCCACCGGUACCGGGCGCUUGCUGCCAUGUCUGAGUAUUUCUCGCAAACCAACAAUACCUCACCACAGACCAAGAAGAAGAAAAAGGAGGAAGACUAAAGAUAACUUUUGCUCCAACUUCAGGCUUUGAAGUUGCAGUAUUAUGCAUCAAAUAUAAAGGGAGAAAAUAUUCCUUAGUAAGACACUGUUUGUUAGCCCAGAAAAAUACAAAAGAUAAAACAUUUUUGAUGCAUACCCGUAGUCUCUUAAGCGGGCAAAGUGCUGCGUAAUAUCUGUUUUCUCUUAUUUUUUAAUAAAUGUUUUUGAACAAA